CACUAGGAGGCGCUGCGGUCGCCGCGGCGGCUCCUGGAGCUGUCGCGGGCCGGGGCGGUUGGACUGGCUGCUGAUUCUCGUGGCCAUGGAGUGGGCUUCGGAGUCGGGGGCCGUGAGGCGGCACCGCAUCGGAGGGGAGCGCCGGGACGGCCCGGCGGCCACGCAGCAACCGGAGAGGGAGGCCCUGGCGCAGGAGCCCCUGGCGGACGCGUGCGGCGGCGGCGCAAGGACGCGGAAGCGGAGCGGGGAGGGGGGCGGUGGUGGCGCGAGCCGGGGCGCGGGGACUGGACUGUCUGAGGCGCGCGCCGCGCUAGGGCUAGCGCUCUACCUGCUCGCGCUGCGGGCGCUUGUGCAGCUCUCGCUGCGGCAACUCGUGCUCCGCGGGGCCGCUGUCGGCCAGCAGGGAGAGUUCGACGCGCACCAAGCCAGGGAUUAUCUUGAACAUAUAACAUCCAUUGGCCCCAGGAUUACAGGAAGUCCAGAAAAUGAAAUUCUGACAGUACAUUACCUUUUGGAACAGAUUAAACUGAUUGAAGCUCAAAGUAACAGCCUUCACAAGAUUUCAGUAGAUGUACAACGGCCCACAGGCUCCUUUAGCAUUGACUUCUUGGGAGGGUUUACAAGCUACUAUGACAACAUUACCAAUGUUGUGGUAAAGCUGGAACCCAGAGCUGGAGCCCAGCAUGCUGUCCUGGCUAACUGUCAUUUUGACUCGGUGGCAAACUCACCAGGUGCCAGCGAUGACGCAGUUAGCUGUUCAGUGAUGCUGGAAGUCCUUCGUGUCUUGUCGACAUCUUCAGAAGCCUUGUCUCAUGCGGUCAUAUUUCUCUUUAAUGGUGCUGAGGAGAACGUCUUGCAAGCCAGUCAUGGUUUUAUUACCCAGCACCCCUGGGCCAGCUUGGUCCGUGCAUUUAUUAACUUGGAGGCAGCAGGUGUAGGAGGGAAAGAACUUGUAUUCCAAACAGGUCCUGAAAAUCCUUGGUUGGUCCAAGCUUAUGUCUCAGCAGCUAAACACCCAUUUGCUUCGGUGGUGGCUCAGGAGGUUUUCCAGAGUGGAAUCAUUCCUUCAGAUACUGACUUCCGGAUCUACAGGGACUUUGGGAACAUUCCAGGAAUAGACUUAGCUUUUAUUGAGAAUGGAUACAUUUAUCACACCAAGUAUGACACAGCGGACAGAAUUCUAACAGAUUCCAUUCAGAGAGCAGGUGACAACAUUUUAGCAGUUCUUAAAUAUCUAGCUACAUCUGAUAUGUUGGCUUCUUCUUCUAAGUAUCAACAUGGAAACAUGGUCUUCUUUGAUGUGCUUGGCCUGUUUGUCAUCGCUUACCCAUCUCGUGUUGGCUCAAUAAUUAACUAUAUGGUGGUGAUGGCUGUUGUUUUAUACCUGGGAAGGAAAUUACUGCAUCCCAAAUAUAAGACUGCUACCUACACAAAGGACUUCUUCUGUGGACUUGGCAUCACUCUGAUAAGCUGGUUUACCAGCUUGGUUACAGUUCUCAUUAUAGCAGUGUUCAUCUCCCUUAUUGGACAGUCCCUCUCAUGGUAUAACCACUUCUAUGUCUCCGUUUGUCUGUAUGGAACUGCAGCUGUAGCCAAAAUAAUAUUCAUACAUACCCUUGCGAAAAGAUUUUAUUAUGUGAAUGCCAGUGGCCAGUAUCUGGGAGAAGUAUUCUUUGAUGUCUCACUGUGUGUACACUGUGGGUUCCUUACAGCGCUCACGUACCGAGGGCUCUGCUCUGCAUUUAUUAGUGCCGUCUGGGUGGCAUUCCCGUUGCUCACAAAGCUUUGCGUGCAGAAGGACUUGAAGCAGCAUGGUGCUGGAGGAAAAUUUAUUGCCUUUUACCUUUUGGGGAUGUUUAUUCCAUAUCUGUAUGCACUGUACCUCAUCUGGGCCGUAUUUGAGAUGUUUACCCCUAUCCUUGGCAGGAGUGGUUCGGAAAUUCCACCUGACGUUGUGCUGGCCUCUAUUUUGGCUGGUUGUACCAUGAUUCUCUCAUCCUAUUUUAUUAACUUCAUCUACCUUGCCAAAAGCACAAAAAGAACAAUGCUAAGUUUAACUUUGGUAUGUACAGUUACAUUCCUCCUUGUUUGCAGUGGAAGUUUUUUCCCGUACAGCUCCAACCCUGCCAGUCCAAAGCCAAAGAGAGUGUUUCUUCAGCAUAUAACUAGAACAUUUCAUGAUCUGGACGGAAGCAUAGUUAAACGGGACUCUGGAGUAUGGAUCAAUGGGUUCGAUUACACCGGCAUGUCUCACGUAACCCCUCACAUUUCCGAGAUCAACGAUUCCAUCCGCGCUGACUGUGAGGAGAACGCCCCCCUCUGCGGUUUCCCUUGGUACCUUCCUGUGCACUUCCUCAUCAGGAAAAACUGGUAUCUUCCUGCCCCAGAAGUUUCUCCAAGAGAACCUGCUCAUUUCAGACUUGUAUCCAAAGAACAAACACCCUGGGAUUCCAUAAAGCUGACCUUUGAAGCAACAGGACCAAGCCAUAUGUCAUUCUAUGUUCGAACCCACAAAGGGGCUACGCUUUCUCAGUGGUCUCUCGGCAACGGCACCCCAGUCACAAGUAAAGGGGGGGACUACUUUGUCUUUUAUUCCCAUGGACUCCAGGCCUCCACAUGGCACUUCUGGAUAGAAGUACAGGUCUUGGAAGAACGGCCUGAAGGAAUGGUCACUGUGGCUAUUGCUGCCCACUAUUUUUCUGGGGAAGACAGAUCCUCCCAGCUGGAUGCUCUGAGAGAGAAGUUCCCAGAUUGGACAUUUCCCUCUGCCUGGGUGUGCACCUACAAUCUCUUUGUAUUUUAAUCUUGUGGAUGAGCUCUAAGUACAUAUCCAGUGGGAUACUCCAUGUGGCACAGUUUCUCCUUAUGUUGCAUGGACGGCUGUAUGUAAGUCAGUGAAUUUUAACGAGCAUAUGUUCUGAGAGCUUUGUGGGCUAACACUCUUCAGGGCUGGGCAUGAUCUAUAAUGGUUACACUGUGGAGUAGAGUGCAUGGCCCUUUUGACACUUGAAAAUACCAGUUUUCUGGCACUUAAGCACACAUGGGUACUACACACACACGUCAUUUUAUAUGACCUUAAGAACAAAAGCCAGCAAACCAGUUUUAAUAGUUGAACCCUUAGGAUCAUGAAAGAUGCAGAAGGUACUGUAAAUCCCUUGUUAAUGAUACAAAUGACAUUUCCAGUUAAAGCCCAAGACCACUGUUUUUUGUGUCAGUAGAUGGUAGGUAAAGUAUCACAGGAAUUAAUGAUCAGUCAUAAGAAAUUUGAGAUGAAGACAGGCUUCUGAGGCCCCAGCCUGUGCUGGGAGCUCUGCUUCUCUGGGCAGCCUUGUGGGCAGUCUUUAGAGUGUGCUUGGUGGCGCUAAGGCCCUAGUACUCUGAUGUGGAAACCUGUAUUGAAGUGCUGGCUCCUGUCCUUCAGACACAUGGUCACUAAGAUCCAUCGUUGCGAUGCUUUUCUGAGGUGGUUUUCAAUACCUGCUUCCUUUUGGGGUUUCCAGGCUCUUCUGGUUUAGAAUACUGUCUGUGGAAGUACAGGACAUGAACUUCCCUUCUCAGAGCGCUGAGGUGCCCCAUGCUGCCUGUUCUGGGGGUGGGAGGAGAGUGGGAGUGGCUGGACAUUUUAUUUUGAUUCUUAAAAAAAAGGAAUGAACAGAAUAUUGUCAUCCAAAGUUAAUCCUUCAGGGCAUAAUAUUAUCGAUGCACUGGGUCCUUGUUUUCUAGCCAGUUGAACAGGUUAGUUUCUCAGUAACUUACUGUGUCUGGCAGAGCUGGCUUUCCUGAGACUCGAGGACCUGUGGCUUGCACUGGAGUGUCCUUCUAGCUGUUGGUGUUUAGGUCCUGCACAACAGCAGCUCUAGGACUUAGAGGUACUUUUCAUGUUGAGGAAGAUGGCUGUUGGCUCCAGCAGUGGAAGAGUUUGGCGAGAAGCAAUGGUAAAUUCUGCUAGCUUUCUUUUUUUCCAUUAAAAAUGUAAAAAGACAGACACUUUCUGUCUUUAGUAAGUUGGGCUAAAAGAGCCAUAGUGAAACAAACAAAACAGUGGCACUCAAAUCUGCCUGAACAGAAAGAGCAUAAAGCUGCUUGUCCGAUAUAUACAGUGUGCAUUCUGAAUCGUGCUAUUUCCUCAAAAACUGGGCCUACACAGACAGCAGGGUUACAGCCAGAGCUGAACGGCACCAUGCUGUCACAUGCAUGGACACUGGUUCUUACGAAGUCCAGGAGAAGCACUGGCUCCAUAGAGCUGACCCUUGAACUCAACACAGGGGUUAGGAGUGCUGACCUCUGCACCGUUGAAAAUGUGCAUCAUCACACCCCUGUAUACAAGGUUUUGUCUCUGUGGAUUCAACUAUGGAUCAAGUAGUACUGUGAUAUCCAUUCAAUGAAAAACCCCUGUAUAAUUGGACCUGUAGUUCAAACCCAUGUUGUCAAGGGUCAGCUGUAUCAUUAGUCUUAGAUGAUUCAAGUGACACACGCAGUCUGCACUGUUCAUAGCUUUUAUAGACUCACAAUUGUGGAGAAAAAUAGUAUCUAAACGAGUUUCAAAAUACAGGCCUAUUUUCUGUUUCUCUGGUUAAUCUGAAAUAGAUUACUGGAAAUUAUUUAUAGGGAAAAGAAAAGCAAAAGCAAACUUCCGAACGUGGAGGAAGGGCACUACCUGAGCUCCCUGCGAUUCCCACCUGCCCCACCCCGCCUUGGGGAGCAUGUUGUUAACUCCUUUUUGAUAAUAAUCAUGGUUUUCUUUGCCUUUAUUUUCCUGUGUGGACAGUUUGCUCUUGUUUUGGUUUUCUCUGGCAUUAUAAAGCUCUAAUGUUGUAGAAGGUCAGUAACAAGAUGCACAUUAGACUCAGGGUAUGCUUAACAGUCUGGGGGACUGGUUAAAUAAUUGCACACAAUACUCAUGGCUCUUAAUAACACAGUCAGAUCAGCAGUCUGAAGAACUUGUUUUCACACAGUACUACACAUUUGGGGAAAGUGUGAAGGAUUGUGAUUUUGAAGAAAUUCUUAAAAUUUACUCAAGAACGACAGUUGCAUGGAGUACUUCUGUUUCCAUACUUUAGCAGAUGUACAUAGGCCUGAUCAUAUUUCUAAACCAUUACCACCACUUACUUAAGAAGCCAGCCUGCACACUCAGGAAGCUGUGGGAAAAAUGAAUAUGUCUGUCCAUUAUCUUUUCACUGGUUUGCUAGGGAUGAAUUGUUGCCUUAUAGUUUAACUGAAAUAAACAUGUUAAAUACUAGUCAGUAUCAUUAACGGAGAAACAGACCAUCAUUGUUUAUAUUUUCCUGUAACCCCCUCAUCUGAAGAGUUAUUUUAAAUCCAUAAAGCCUUUUAGAGCUUUAAAAAAAAAAUACAACAACUCUGCUGUUAGAAAGACCUAGUUGGCUCCUGUGGGUAUAAUUGCUAUUUUAAAGGGUCAUGUGAGCAAAGAACUCAACAUGGCUUCAACUGGAAUCCAUUUUACUGUGGAAUGAAAUUGUGCAUUUGAAUUUCACAGAAAUUAAAUGUUGAGCCUAUAGCCUGUUUAGCAGUUUUAUCAUCACUGUUGGCAAAGAAAAUCACUGAAGGGCCAAUAAAAGAUGUUCUUUCAUUGGGGGAUCGGGGGGAAGAAAAUACUAUCUUUCAGCCAGACAGUGACCCGCUGCUCACAAGGAAGGCACACCACCAGGCCCCAAAAUACAGAACCCACUUGUGAGCUCCAAGAGCUCCGUGCAAGUUACCUCCCUUUCCAAGUGAGUUCCCGCAGAACAGUUCAGUACAAGGUGAAGCAGCCAAAUAACUUAUGUUCUUAAUAAUACCUUGUGUUUUAGGGCCAAUAAAGCCAAAAUGCAUCUA